AUGGCUUUCUCCUUCGAUUCCUCCCCCUCCACCAUCAACGUCCCGGCGCUACCUCCGCCGCCGCAGCAGCCGCGUCCUCCGCAGCAGCAGCAGCCGUCUCCUCCUCCUCCGCAGCAGCCGCGGCCGCCGACUCUGCAGCAGCCGCCGCCGACUCCGCCUCCUCCUCCUCCCACCCACGUGACUCUGCCUCACUACAAGCGCCCCCACGGGCUCUCUCAUUUCCAGCACUCCUCACCCGGCUCUUUCGCCGCCAGCACCCCGCCGCCGAAGCCCAAGGCGCCCCGCAGAAAGCCAGACCUCGCCUCUGCCGCAGGCACGGCCACCCCACCAUGCACCGAGUGCGGCAAGCGCUUCUCGUCCUGGAAGGCCCUCUUCGGCCACAUGCGCUGCCACCCAGAGAGGCAGUGGCGCGGCAUCAACCCCCCGCCGCACCUCCGCCGUCCGCCCCCACCAGACCAAUACUUCACUGCCGAGGAGCACGAGGUCGCUGCAAGUCUCCUCUUGCUCUCCCGCAGCCCUCCCGGAGGCGCCACGGAUGAGCGUGGGAGCAUUUGGGAGAGGACGUGCGGGGAGGGCAGUCGCCACGAGUGCAACGUCUGCUCCAGGGCCUUCUCCUCCGGCCAAGCGCUGGGAGGGCAUAAGAGGUGUCACUCGGAGAUGGAUUGCCAAGAACUAGUGGGCCCUUCGGUGGCCGGUCCCUCAUCGAGUAGCUACAUAUUCGACCUCAACCUCCCGCCGCCUCCCGAAAGCUCCGACAACAAUAACCCGGCCGACGUCUUGGACCUUAAAUUAGGCAUGUAA